UUAAAGGGAUUCAAGUUUCCAAAACAAAACUCUGACAAAUUAAAUUUUUUUAUUGUCCACUCUUAGAAAAUUAGGAACCAUCCCCACUUAAAAGGAUGCUCUCCUCCUCACUCACCAUCUCAAACAACCUCUGCAACCCAUACAUACACUCUAGACAUGAAAACAGGUUUUGCAGUGGAAGAAAUGGCUAAAGAUUUACCAUCAUCAUCAAAUAGUAACCUCCACAAUGUAUCAUCAGAUGAAGAUGAUUACAUUGACAUUGAAGUAAGUUCAUCAUCCUCAACACCAACACCAUCAUCAUCAACUUUCUAUUGCAGUUACUCAAACAUCACUUCACCAAACCCAAGAGAAUUUGAAUUCCAAAUGUUCUCAUCAUCAAAAUCAUUGGAUAACAAAGCAAACACCACAACUACUUCACCAGCUGAUGAGCUUUUUUAUAAAGGAAAGCUUCUUCCUCUUCAUCUCCCACCUCGAUUACAAAUGGUUGAAAAGCUUCUGAAAAAUUCCAAGAGUUUUGAUGAAGAACUCAGCUCCUCUCUCAUUACUCCAUUAACAACUACACAAAAUACUCCAUUCACUUCUUGCAAUAUUUCACCAACAGAUUCAUGUCAAGUGAGUAGAGAAUUGAAUCCAAAUGAGUAUUUCUUUGAAGAUUUCAGCACUUUGUCUACAAAUGAAGUUAUAAAGAUGAAGUCAUGGAUGAAGAAACUCAAAAAGUAUUCUUCAUUAGGAUUGAAGUUUAAAUCUUAUUCAAGAGCUUAUCUUAAGGCUUUGUUUACUUAUAAGUCUGGUUGUUCAGAUGAAGCAUUAUCCUGCAAUGCCCAACCAACAACAAAGGUUACCGGAAAUGAAACGGUUGCGAAAGCCAAAGAAUGUUUGAACAAGUGUGUGAAAGCAGGAAAGAAGAGCAAUCCAUUUGGGUUGAUUCAGAAACAGAGGAUUGUUGUCAAUGGCGAUGGAAUUGAGAAGGAGAAAAUGAUUGAAGAUAAUAGCAGUCACAGAAGAUCAUUCUCAGGAGCUAUAAAGAGAUGUACUAAUCCUACUACUAUUAGUAAUACUACUUCAUCAUCAUCAUCAUCUGGUUCUGGUUCAUCAAAUUCUUCAUCGUUUUCAUCCAAUAAUGGUUAUUAUGAAGUACAAUUGUUGAAAAGAAGUAAUAGUGCAAAUUCAGAGAUUGAAUCAUCAAUUCAAGGAGCUAUUGCUCAUUGUAAACAGUCUCACCAUCAACAACAGCAACAACUGUAUAGGUCUGGUACUAGAAAGACUGUUAGUGAAGUUGGGUUAACUGUUUCGAGGAUCGCUGAUGAUUAUCAAGAAAGACCACAACUCUGUAGAGGAUGAUGAUUGUUCAUUGACAGUGGGCUGUGGGCUACCCCAUUGCUGCUCAUCACAGGAAAUUAAGCCAUUAUGGAAGAGAGAAAUAAUAGGAAAAGGACAUCAGUAGUACUAUAAAUCUUUGUCAUUUGGUUUUCUGGGUAUUUUUGUUUUGAUUUUCUGUAAUCUUUGGCUCAGUGCUAUGUUCAGAUUCUAUGAAUGGUUUUUACUGUACUCUGCUCUCAUUAUACUGUUGAAAUGGUCUUUUUGUGAAAAUUUACCUAUGAAAUGAAAUUUACUAUAUGUAGCAA